GAGCUCGUGCACCGGCUGCGGGACCCGGCGCGGUACGCGCGCGUGGGGGCCGUGCCCCCCAGGGGGGUCCUGCUCUGCGGGGAGCCCGGCACCCGGAGGGCGCCCUCCCCAGGCACGGGCAAGACGUUCGCCGCCCGGGCGGUGGCCUCGGAGGCCGCGAAGCGUGCGCCGUGCGUGGUCCUCAUCGACGAGGUGGACUCCCUGGGGGAGGCCAGGCGUGGGCACGACGCCGGGGACGCGGGGGGCGGCUCCGCGAGGCAGGACCACGACGCGACGCUGAACGCCCUCCUCGCGCAGAUGGACGGGGUCGACGACAGCCUGGGCGUGCUCUUCAUUGCCGCGACGAAUCGGCCCGAGGUCCUCGACGAGGCGCUGCUGCGGACGGGGCGCUUCGAGCAGCGCCUGCAGCUGGCGCUGCCGGACGCCGCGGGCCGCGAGGACAUCCUGGCGGAGCACGCGCGGCAGCUGCGAAUGGCUGGCGGAGGCCUCGACUUUGGCCAGCUGGCCAGGGACGCGGCCGCCUUCUCCCCGGCCGACCUGCGCGGCGUGAUCAACGGCGCGGCGAUGCUGACCGUGCGUGCUGGCCGAGAGGAGGUGACGCAUGACGAUGUCCUGGCGAGCUUCCAAGAGGUCCGGCGGCGCAAGGCGAAGGCGCGAGCGGAGGGCGCAUUCCACGUGGUGGAGCGUGUCGAGGCGACAUUCGAGGACGUGCGGGGGCACGACGAGGUUGUGCAGGAACUGCGAGAUAUUAAGGAUUCCCUGGUCGCCCGGCAUCGGUACGCUAGGCUGGGGGCCACGCCCCCCCGUGGCGUGUUGCUGCAAGGCCCGCCUGGCGUGGGCAAGACGCUUUGCGCCCGCGCUCUCGCAGGCGAGGUUGGGCUGCCGUUCCUGUCGGCGUCGGGCACGGACUUCCAGGCGUCGAGGUUCGCAGGCCACGGCACCACGCUCGUGAAGCAGCUCUUCGCCCUCGCGAGGAAGCUACAGCCCUGCGUGCUCUUCAUCGACGAGAUCGACGCCGUCGGCCGCAGCCGCGAGUCAGGUGCGCGCGGGGCCGAGCAGGACCGUGAGAAUACUAUGAUGCAGCUCAUGGUCGAGCUGGACGGCUUUACCGAGAGGGGCGACACCCUCGUGGUGGGCGCCACCAAUCGCCCUCACUUGCUGGACCCAGCGCUGGUGCGCCCCGGACGCUUCGAUCGCCGCGUCGUGCUGGAGCGCCCAGACUUGAUCCUGGAGCUGCACUCGCGCGGUAAGCCCCUCGCUCCGGACGUGGACCUCGGGGACCUCGCUCAGUGCACCGUCGGCUUCAGCGGCGCCGAGAUCCGGAACUUGCUCAACGAGGCGGCUCUGCUGGCCGCCCGCAGGGGCGCCGAGGCCGUAGAGAGGUCCGACGUCGAUCGCGCGGCCGACCGCCUCUUGCUCGGCCUGGAGAAGGCGCGCCCGGUGCAGAGCCGCGCGGCCUUCCGCCUCGCGGCCGUCCACGAGGCGGGCCACGUGGUGCUCGGGCUGGCCUUCGCGGCGAUGACGUGGAGGCGGGUGGUCCGCGCGUCCGUCCGGCCCCGACUGGGCGGCGUGGGCGGCGUCACGGUCUUUGAGCCCCUGCCCGAGGACGCGGAGGGGGUGCUGCCCGCAGGGCUCUCCACGAUGCAGGGCGCCUGCGCCUCGCUCUGCGUGGACCUGGGCGGGCGCGCCGCCGAGGAGCUGCUGCAGCGGCCCACGGAGGUCAGCUCCGGGGCGGCCUCGGACCUGCGCGAGGCGACGGCGCAGGCCAUGACCAUGGCCGCCGAGUGGGGCCUCGGCCCCGGCGGCCUCGUGCUCAGCCUGCCCGCCCUGGAGGGCCGCGCCGGCUGCAGCGACGCCACGCGCCGGGAGGUAGAGAAGGCGGCGUGUGCGCUGCUGUCGCAGGCGCUGGCGAGCGCGAGGGCGGUGCUGGGCAGCGCAGAGGGCCGGCGGUGCAUGGAGCUCUGCGCGCAGCGCCUCCUCGCCGCCGGCGAGGUCGACGCGGACUCGCUGUCCGCCGGGAUGGACCUCCACUCCCUUCGGGCGCUCGCCUGCGCGGAGGCCGAGUCCUGGGGCGCAGAGCGCACGGCGGAGUUUGCGUGCUCGAGUCUGGCAGGAAAAAGAUCCGCCGCCCUCCACCACACCUCCGUGUCCCCGCCGCGCUACCUCUGA